AUGGCGUCCACCGCUCAAAUGCAGAGGCCAUAUCCUCCGAUUUACCACACUCCACAAUCAAGCUCUCCAGCAUCAGUCGCUUCUCAAACACAUGAUCAACAUAGCCGGGGGCUUUAUGCGCAAUCACCGCAAAUGGCGCCACAGAUGUAUGGGUACCAACCAUAUCCAUCUAUCAACCCUGUACAGCCUCCUCCAUACACAGCGCACACGUCUUCCCAGCAGCACCCCCUCACAUCGCAGUCCAUGAUUCUGCCUCAUACAAGCACUGCACAGUUAUCUCACCAGCCUCCUCAAGCACCGUCUGUUACUAUGGCCUCCAGUCCUAUUGCCGUCACAGCAUCUCAACAGACGCCACCGCAGAGAGCAGUGAUGAGCCCACCGCAUUCCGCAUCGGCUGGUGGCCCCCUUUCCGCCAAUAGUAUUCACCAUACAACUCCAAGCGUCGGUGCAAGCUCUAGCGCAGCACCGGGCCCAAUUCCAGCGACAACUCCUCUCGUAGUGCGACAAGACAGCAAUGGAGUACAAUGGAUCGCGUUUGAGUAUUCUCGGGAUCGUGUGAAGAUGGAAUAUACAAUUCGGUGUGACGUCGAAUCUGUCAAUGUGGACAAUCUUUCCCAAGAGUUCAAGACGGAAAACUGUGUCUAUCCUCGUGCUUGCUGCAGCAAGGAUCAGUACAAAGGCAAUCGGCUUGUUUACGAGACGGAGUGCAACGCCGUUGGCUGGGCUCUUGCUGAUUUAAAUCCCGCUCUGAGAGGGAAACGUGGACUCAUUCAACGAGCCGUCGACAGCUGGAGGAACAGCAACCAGGAUCCUCGACUUCGAAGCCGACGUGUGAGGAGGAUGGCAAAAUUGAACCGGCGCCAGGGGCUCUCUGCGCAACCACCUACUCACAUGGCUGCAGCUUCUCCUGUUCCUCAGGACAUUUCAGGUGGUCUUGCAGCGCCCAGUCCCCGUCCUGGACUUGGGCCGUUGCCUAUGGGACCCCCACAGCUACACCAUCACCAUGCUCAACCUGAAGGUAGUGGAAGCAAUGAGGAUGUCAGCGGUACCACUGAGUUUUCGAACAGUACCGAUCGUCAGCCUGGUGUGGAGGCUCCCCUCACCUCAGGACAUACAACCACAGAUAUCCGCACCGCGCAGGUCUUUCACGGUUAUCCUACAUUCCCUACAUCUGCCAGUGCAGGAGGAGGAUCUAGAGGACCAUCAAUACCCCCUUUGAUACGAGAUAGCGGACUAGGAAGCCUGGGGAGGCACUCGGCGGUUGCGACUUCAGUCCAUAAGACUGAAGUCGAAGACGACGAUGACGAACGCAAUCCAAGCCACGAAGCACUCUUCGGAGCACUAACUGACGGGAUGCGGCGUAAGUUCAUACUUGUUGACGACCCGCAAAGGGGUUGUCGCGUCCGUGUAAAGGUUAUGCUGGACCAAGUCAACUUGAACGAAAUACCCGAUUCAUACCGGAUGUCCAACUCGGUGUAUCCCCGGACCUACUUCCCCGUGCAAAUGAAACAUCCACGUGGCCGCGAGGUUCCUGGAAGAAGAUAUUUCAAGGAUGACCACCAAACAGAUGACGAUCAAGAGACUGCGACUGUCGGAAGGGUCCUAGUUCCAGUACCCCAAGCAGAUGAUGGCGGCGAAAUCGCCGUUCCUAAGCUGACGAGAGGACGGCACAGGAAGGAGGUUCUGCUUAACGACUUGGGUUACCGAAUGAGUUGGAGCCAAAGUCGAGUCUUUGCUGGGCGGCCGUUGUUUCUUCAACGCUCUCGUACGUUGCUGUCCCACUUACCACCAUCCUUGCUGUGGCGGACUCAUAUCCGCUUGUACCAGUGA